AUGGCGAUACUAGUCACAGGUGGAACUGGCAAAACCGGUACCCGCCUUGCCCAACUUCUCUUAGCCGCGGGGCACUCGGUAUACGUGACUACGCGAUCCGUGGGCAAAGUCCAGUCGCCUCUGAAGGGCGUGAAAUUCGAUUGGUUGGAUUCUUCCACAAAGGACGCUCCAUUCAAAGCUGCUGCCGCGAAUAACGAGCAAAUCGAAGCUGUCUAUCUAGUUGGACCACCUAUUGCAGAUAUGGCUUCAGUCUUGAACCCCUUCAUCGAUCUUGCCAUUGAGAAGGGUGUCACACGGUUCGUGCUGCUGAGCGCCUCUCAAGUAACCAAGGGCCAGCCACCUAUGGGAGUGGUUCAAGAAUAUCUCGAUACACUCAAGGUAGAUUACUGCACACUUCGGCCUUCCUGGUUCCAUGAGAAUUUCUUGGUUCCUCAUAACUUCCGACCUCUGGUAAACGAGGACCAGAUCGUUUCAGCUGCUGAAGACGGCCGCAUUCCUUGGAUAUCAUCUGACGAUAUUGCCGACGCAGCGUUCAAUGCUUUGACCUCAGAACAGAUCGAAGAACGAGAUCUACUUGUCGUUGGCCCAGAACUCCUGACUUACGAACAGAUUGCUGCCAUGUUUACAGAAGUGUUGGGCAGGAAGAUUUCUUUCAAGCGAGUUUCGCAAGAAGGGAUGUCUCAACACCUGCUUCAGCAUGAGUUCCAUCCGGGCGUUACGGAAAUGCUUUCUGCCUUAGACCUCAUCGUUGCUACCGGAGGUGAAGAAGCGAUCUACAAGUUGGAGAGUAAAUAUGUUGGAAAGCGUACGCUACUUGACUUCAUCCGUGCAAACAAGGAGGCUUGGAUUAGAUAA